UUGACUCUCUCUAUGACGUUUUGAGGCCGAAGAAGGUUUGAAGUUGAAGAGUGAAAGCCUCUUAAAAAGUUCAAGUGUCCUGAACCUGUCGAUUGCUAGGGCGCAAAAGACGCGCCAAAAUCAAUGGGCGCCAUGGAGGUAGAACGUCUGGUCCUGAAGUCGACUUUUGUCAAGGAGAGUCUGUCAAAGAGCGAUGCAAUGACCACGGAGAUGAUCAACAUUCUCAGCUCGUUUGACGAGCAAUUGUCCUCUCUUGAAGCAGCAAUGCGGCCAACGCAGAUUCGCACACACGCCCUUACCAAGGCGCACCAGAACAUCGACAGCACCCUGCACGCAGCAGAGUCCGUUCUGGCGCAGUUUGACGUCUCCCGCCAGGUCGAACCCCGCCUUCUCGAGGGCCCUCGCGGCGAUUUUGACGGCUACUUUGCGGCGGUCGAUCAGUUGCAGACGGCUGUGGACUUCUUCACGCAGAACCGGAGUUACAAGAGCAGCGACGCUGCGUUGCACCAUGCGAAAGGGCUGUUGAACAAGGCGCUGGGCAAACUAGAGGAGGAGUUCCGGCGCAUGCUCGCGGCCAACAGCAAGUCGCAGGACCCCGCCGCCCUCUUCGCGAUGCUUCCCGAGAAGUACAAGCCCACACCCGCCGCCUCCAGCUCCGACACCAUCGGCUCCGCCACCUCACGGAAACCCCCCCCUGAACCGCAGCCCCCCACCCCCCCGAAACGAUCGAAACUCUCCAACUCCUGCCCGCAAACGUCAUUCCGCAAUUGCACGGAAUGGCGAAGCAGCUCCUGGCGGGGGGCUUCUCGCAGCAGUGUACGAAGGGCUACAAAGACGUGCGGGGCGCGACGAUUCUGCAGAGCCUGA